UCUGUAACUGCAUCAAUAACAUCCAGUUAGACAAAACUUACGAUGAAACAAUGACGUUAAGGAAUGGUAAUAGAUACUAUCAUUAUUCGCGAAUACCAUAAUUAUUGAAGUUUGUCUUAUUGCGAGCAGGUAAGGUUAACUGAUACAAUGCAACAUAUCUCUACAGCGUGGAAGGUAACAGGUAUUCACAAAAGCAGUGAAAAAUAUAACUGACUAUUUAUCCAUAUCAUACCAACUAAACUUACUUGUAGCACCACAGAUAUUUUCUGGACGUCGCAAAAAUUUGCGGCGAUUGAUUAUAGUGGAGAUAAAUAAGACGUUUAUGACUGGCUUCCAUUCCCAUACCAAAAUUCGUAAUCGAUUCAUUGACAACUUCAUGCUUACUAUGAGUCGACCGGAAAUACCUCCUGAAGAUUUCAAAAAUCGUAUUUCAUUAAAAUCAGAUUUGUUUUCAUUUCAUUUUCUUCAAAGGAUGAAUAGAUUCACAAUUUGUGAUAAAAAUCUCGAUGCUAUCAACGUUAUAAAUAUUGAUAUAUCAAGAGUAGUGUGCGUACAUUUCUUGGAUUCAUUAUAUCCUAGAAAGUCAAUUAGAGAUCAUCAAUGAUCUUUUCGAACAGCAAACUUAACAACAGAGCACUGCUUGAUCACGAAACAAUGUAGUUCCAUGUCAACGACAUUUGGCAGCACCUACAUAAAUAGAGAUCAGUGGUAAUAAUAAACUAGCCAGUAUUUUACCGCCAAAUUUUAGUCGACAGUCUGAACGAAGUGGAACAGAAUACCAGUUCAACUAAACGACAGCCUAGAAAACGUGAAAGCGAUCGAAGAAAUUAAACCGAUUGUCAUGUGUAUACAGUUUGUGCUAUUUUGUAAAGAACAAAGAAGAUAGCUCUAAAAAAACGGCCCAUGAGCCGAAUUCAAUUGAUUCUGAAAUAAAUUCGUUAUGGCAACUGCAGAAACAUUGACUAAUCAUCUGAACAAAUCUUCAAACAGUAUUGAUAACUCUGACAAAGAGUUAGCAAACGACGUUAUUUUAGGAUGUCAGGAGACAAUCAGCGUCUUAUUUUCUGGUGAUGAAAGAAACAAAGAAAACGUACCAGAAUAUGACAUGGAAGUAGAAACUGUUGUAAGAAAUUCCAUGAUCAAUACACAAGUUCCCAGUUUGAAUGAGGUGGACAAAAGUGUUGCUGAAGUUUCUCAGAUUGUACAUGAAACCGAAGUAUCAGAAAAGUUUACUUCUUCUGAUUCAGCUCCUGGCGGUUUACAGAAUGAUGAGAAAACUUCAGAGACAACUCUGAAACCUUUCAAGUUUUCAAAUAUUUUGGACAGUGAUUCGGAAGACGAGCGAUCAGAUUUGUCGUUGAAUUGGAAACAACUCAAUCACGGUAUCUCUGAGAAUCCUGGUUUUCACAGCUCCGAUAAACUUAAAGAUGUUGAACAGUCCAGUGCAUCUGGUGGUCGAACACUUUUAAUUGAUAGUGAUACAGAGGAUGAAAAUGAGGACCAUAAAAUACCAUUUUUGAACUCAAACGAAACAGUAGAUCAAAUCAACAGCAGCAGCAGUAAAAGGCAAGGCAAUAGAGAUAAGGCAUCCAUCAAAUCAGACUGGAAAUUGGUAGAUGUUACAAGUAAAAUUAGCUCUUUGAUAGACACCGAUUCUGAAGAUGACAGCUCUUUUAUCCAUAAAACCAGUGCGUCUUGGAGCAAAGGGAAGCCCAUGACGCCACCAACCAUACUCAAGGAAAAAUGGAGUGACGGGAAGAAACGGACUGGGUCCAUACGUGCAACAAAAGAGAUGGCAAUGCGUGAAAUCAAAAGUGCAUCUCAAAGAAUGCUGAGAGAAUCUGGUUUAUCUCUACCAUACCACAGACCUAAACAGCGAACUCUACAAGAAUUCAUGAGCAGACGUAAAAAGCUACCAAUACUCGCCCCAGCCCCAACAACAGCUGCUAAGCUGAAACUAUCUGUUGAGAUUGUUGGCAAAUUUUGCGAAGCUAGAGAGAAGGAGGCAGAACAAUUCUUCAAGUCAGAUUCGGAUAGUGAUGGAGAUGUACAGUGUAAUUCGACAAUUCCUUCUCUAGAUAUCAAAGAUAACAAAUCCACCGGAGCAAUCAAAAAGGUUGCAGAACAUGAGGAAGAAGUUUGCAGAAUUAAUGAUAAAGGUGCUCAACAGAAGGACAAACGCAAUGGGGUAUCACGUAAUUCAUUUGCCUCUAAAAACGAAUUUCCAGAAGAUGGCUGUCCGCCGCUAUUCAGAGAACAAGAUAACGAAGUUUCAGCAAUGAACAGUAACAACUCUGUAGAAACAGUGCAAGGGUUUGGGCAAGAAUCGAGAAUUAAUGUUGAAUCUAGUGAACCAUUGGCUACAGAGAUUGACAAACAAACACAUUCUGGCUGUACAUCAAUUUCUAAAAAAGAAACAGCUAAUCAUAUUGAUGGAAGUAAAGCCAUAAAAGAUGAUUCUGAAGAAUUUCAGUUGAGGCUAUCCGAAGAUCAGUAUACGCUAAUGAAUAACCAAAGGUCGCCUGAAAGUGAAAAGGUCUUGAAAAUUGAUUCACACAAAUCUGAAAAUAUAAUCGGAAAAUGGCCUGUGGAUGAGGACAAAGUAAUCAAAGUAAAUGCGAAUGGGAUGGCGGACGCUGAAGUAUCCGAAGUUGACAGAAACCUAGCUGACUGCAGUGAUGAUACCAAAGUUAAUAAUAAACCAAUUGGCCAUGUUUAUGGAUUACCAUUGGCAGAGUUUGAAAACGAUAAAUCCACACCAAGAAAAAAUAAAAAAAUACUUCCUGACAUUAUGAAAAUAGUACCGAAACUGCAAGGAUCGCCAAAUAUGUUGAUUGAUUUGACAUCUCACAAAGUUGGCGUGAGUAGUUUGAAGGAACGAUUCAUCAAGCAUUCUGCUCUAAAAAAACCAGUGGAAUCCGUUCAGGAUGUUAAGAUAACUUUUGCAAAACAAACGGCAAGUGGUGCAACUGUUGUAACUGAAAUUAUGCCAUACCGAAUACCAUAUAAUGAAAGAAAUGAUGAUCCUGAACUAAGUAAGCCUGGUGCAAAAUUAACUCGUUUAAAAGAAGAAUUGGAACAAAAAAUGUCUGUGCAGCGUAACAAAGAGUGGGAGCAGAAAGAGCAAGAAGCCCAAGCAUUAAUGACUGAUGAUCCGGAGUGUGAAAUGGACGAGGAAGAUGAAGAAGAAGAGAUUGAGCUGAGUAGUAGUGGGGAGAGUGAACCGGAUGAGGAUGAUAUGCCGAUGAAGAAGGUGGGGAAUAAGAAGAAAUACCAAAGUCCGUUUGUAGACUUGGAUGCUGAGGUCAGUGGGGAAGAAUCAGGAGAUGAGGAGGAAGAAGAUGAUGAAGUCAGCGGAGAAGAAUCACGAGAAGACAAAGGAGAUGUUACUGAUCUACAAGAUGAGCAGGAUGACGAUGGUGAUAUAAGUGAAAAUGCUAAAGAAGAUGAACCCAUUCAAGAGAAUCAAGUGAGAAAAUUGAAACGAAUAACAAAAGGUUUUCAAGACGAAGAUUCUGCUGAUGAGGAUCCAGUUUCCACAGCAAUAAAUAUAACUCCGUCUAAUGGCCGUCAUUUCAGUAGAACAAGAACUGACGUUGAUAUAUUUGCCAGUGACAAUAAUAGCAAUGAUGAUUGGUUGAGCAACGCAGAUGAUCUACCAGGAUCCCAACGGCGUGUAGAUGAGAAACGCCAGUUAUGUGGGACACCUCUAGUCGCUGAUAAUUCUCUCAGUAUCAUUUCACCACUAACGCAACUCACUGCUCUAAAUACCGGCUCCAAAUCAUUAAGCGCAGAUUCGUCAUUCACUCAGGGUCCAUCUGAGAUUGUAGCUUCUCUGCUUGCAGAUGAAACACCUAUUGAAAAAAAUUCUCCCAGAGUAUGUGAUCCAGAGAAAUUGGAAAGGUUACAAAAAAAAUUGUUCCAUGAUGCUAAGGACCUGUCCAAUGACAAUGAAUUGGUGGAUUUGUGCUCAAAUAAAUUUCCUGACACUGUCUGUGACAAUAGUGGAUUGGAUAAAAUAAUGCAUACAUCCAAUAAGAUUCAAGUUUCUGAUGCAGAGUUAUUUGAGUUAUGUUCUGGAACGUUUGCUACACAGCGCAAUGACGACGAAAGGUUGGAAUCUGGUAAGGAUCACGACGAGCAAAUUGAAACACACAAGGUUGAAAAUGGUAAGAUAUCCCCAUGCAAUAGUCCUUCUCUUCACAAACAAAUUCAGAAGCUCAAUGAAAACUCAAAUAAGCUCAGAAUAAUAUUGUCGUCCGACGACGAAAGUACUGAAAAUAAUUUGAUGAGUGGCAAUGCUAAAAAAAAAAAUUUCAAACGAAAACCAACAAUAUUACAACUAUCAGACAAUGAAGAUGAAAGUGAAAAUGAGGAUGAUGGCAAGAGUGGUUUCGAUUCUGAUAAUCAAUCCGUUGACUAUGACUCAGAAGAAAAUGAGAUACCAGCUACAAAGAAGAAUAUCGUACAAGCUGCCGCUGGUUUUGUGGAUGAGGAAGCUGAAUUGUCUGAAAGCGAUUGGGGAUCUGCAGACGAAGAUGAAAAAGAUUUGGACAAAUUCGAAAUGGAAGAAGGAGAUCUCGAAAAUAUUGAUGAGGAGGAAGUCAGAAAACAAGCGGGAAAGUUACACAUGAGACAGGUGUUGGAUCAAGACCAGAGGGAAGUUAGAUUGUUGCAAGAAAUGUUGUUAGAAGAUGGGGAGCUGCAUUCAGAUGGUGCUGCUAGGCAGAGAAAGUUUAAAUGGAAGAAUAUUGAUCAAUUAGGAGACAACGAUCAGGAACAGUCAUGUGAUCCUGAAGAGGAAGUUACCAUAGAUCCCAUCGACGUAGAGAGCGAGUUAGAAUGGCGUAAACAAAGAUUAGAACGAGAGCAAUUCCUGCAACGCCAAAAGGCGGAUGAGGCAUCUGCAGAUAUUGAGAUCGAAACACAAAAUAGCCAACUAUUCGAACUUGGUAUGAAGGCUUUGAAGAAAAAUAAAUGCAGCAAAUCUACCACUAUGGAUACCACCACGAUUAUUGCUGUAAACUCUGAGGUAUCUGCUAAGCGGCAUACUAUCCUCGAUUUAUUCGCCAAUCCAGGAUGUGGAAAGAAGACACUGCAGAGCGCGAUCCAUCGAGGUUCAUUCUUGGCUAGGGGAGAAGAAUCAUUAGCAAGACUCUCUCGGAUUACGAAGCAAAAUAGUAGUAAUCAAGCUAUCACGAAGCCUAAAAAUUCGAGGAAUUUUGUAUUUGCCCAUCUCAGUCCCGCUAUCGAUCUCCCCGUCGAAGAUGAACCAGUCAGUAGCCAGGAAAAGGAUAUUACUAAAAACGACAAGUCGCGGAAAAGAAAACCAGCAUUUAGCAUGACACCGCUUGCAUCAAACAAAACCAAGAAAAAACGUGAACAAAUCGACAGACAUAAAUUAUUUAGUUAGCAUGCCUCGACUUAAUUCUAGUGAAAUAAUUCUUGUCUAUUCGUGAUUCUAUCAUAAAUGGAAAAUUUGUUCAGCUUUUUUUUCCAAUUUAAAGUUUUCCAUUCUUUCUUCGGUUAUUUUUUAUGAAUUGACAGCCUUAAUUGAUACCCUCCAUUAAAUAUUAUAUAAUAAUGGUAAUAAUAUAUAAAUAGCUGGUUUUCAUUAAAUUAUGAUUUGUUAUUCA